AUUUUGUAUCCUAUGGGGCCUCCGUACUUCCAUGUGGACAGAACAGGAACGUCGAGUAGCAAGCAGUGUUGUGUGUUGACUGAUUCCGAAUGUGAGUUGUUCAUUCUGCCCAAACAAAUACUCAAAAUGGCAGAACAAACAACGUUGGACAGCCUUUUGGAAAUGGGUUUUGACAGAAACAGAGCGGAAAAGGCUGUGGCACACACCGGUAACCAGGGCAUAGAACGGGCCAUGGACUGGUUGAUGGAACAUGAGGGGGACCCAGAUAUUGACGAGCCCUAUGUACCUCCUGUGGGGAAUGUGCUUGGAGGAACUGACCAACAGCCCAGUCCAUCAGCAAAUCCCACGGCUGAAGGAGCAGACUCAGCUCCAGAUGCUGGUAACCAGAUGAUUCAAGAUGGGGACACAAAACGGCCAAUGACAGAGGAGGAGAAACGUGAGCAGAUAAAGAGGCUAGAGGAGCUGAUGCGGGUGAAGCAGGAGGAGCGGAGAGAGAGGGAGCGAGCAGAGGAGGUGGAGAGAGAGAAGCAGAGGAGGCGGCAGGGCCAGGAGUUACUGCAGGUCAAACAGAAAUUGCAGGAGGAUGAAAUGAAGAAAAUGGCAGAGCUGCGCCGGAGAGAGAAGGACGACGACAAAUUGGCCAAGCAACGGGUGCGAGAGAAGAUUGCUCGUGACAGAGAGGAGCGAGCGCUGAAGUUUGGAGGCAGUUCCUCCAGUACAGCCCUCACCUCCCCCCCAGCAGAGGGUCCUCCCUCCUCUCCCCCCAGCCAAGGCCCACCACCCGCCAAGAAGGACUACGACGAAUGCAGGAUACAGGUGCGUAUGCUGGAUGGCUCAGCGUUGACCUCCGUUUUCAAGGCACAGGAGCCUCUGGCUGCCGUGCGUGUCUACAUCCAGAUGAAUGGCAAUGCCCCUGAGGGCCAGGACUUCACGCUUCUUUCCCCUUACCCCCGUCGUGUCUACACAGAACUGGACAUGGAGAAACCUCUACGGGAGCUGGGGUUGGUGCCUUCAGCUGUGCUGGUCGUUGCCAAGAAAUAAGGACAUUGGAGUAAUACCAUUCUGUGAGCCAAACAACCUCUAUUCAAUACAUCAUUAACCGCCACAGGACAAAGACCGGGAUUUCACCUAUGGAUUGACUCAUUCAACAAACACUGAACUUUAAUCUGAAUCUUAUGUAGCAACACAAAUGGAUGACUAUUGAUUCUCAUGGGUCCUAUUUUAAGACCAGGCUUGUGCUGACAGACUUUCCACUACAAAAGUUGUGGUUUUUCUGCGUUAAAUAAUUUGAGUGGUGUUAUUGCAUAACCACAAAACAAUUGCUUGAAUAAAACUGACUUGGAGAGUAAUGUGA